CGACCUUAGCCUGUUCCAAACGGAACAAACGUACUAAAAAAAAUGAUCGAGUUGACAGUGACAGUAGCUUUUAUCUUCCUCCUUUACGAUUUUUUACGUAUUUUACCUAAAUUUCAAUAAUUAUUACUACUUCCAGGUGCAAAAUCUGAGGUGUACGGCUACGCCCAUUUUCAUAUUUUCCCGAUUGUUUGAUUGUGUUCAACAUAGGCCUAUCAGACACUGCCGUUAUGGAUAUGAUGGUGUCAACGUUGCAACAGCAGCGUGCUGUUACAGAACAGUUACGACGGGAAGCCGCCAUUAAGCGUAUUCCUGUUUCUGUGGCUGUGGCAGACAUUGUCAAGUAUAUCAACGAACACGAACAAGAAGACUGUUUACUCGUUGGUUUUUCGAGCCAAAAAGUCAACCCUUUCCGUGAGAAGAGUUCUUGCACAGUUCUAUAAAAGUUGUGUGUUUAUGUGGAUGUCCAAUGUUUCAGAUGAAAAUUAUAAAAUCAUACAUUAAUGUAUAAUUGUAAAAGAUGAAUAAUGUGCAUACUAUUACUGUCUCAUACUUUAUAAAUGAAAGUAAGCAGCUAUCAUUUCCAUAAAUUUAUUUGUAUAUUCUAUCAAAAAGUGUUAAUCUACAAUAUUUUUGUGUAUCUGAAAAAUAAUAUAUCUCUUUUUAAAAAUGUUUUAUGUGUUGCAACAGAUUAAAUUGUACAAUUAAUUUUGUCCAGUUUGAAAUAAAAUAUAAAUACUAAACUAUUUAUCUUAUGUUGCUACAUCUAGAUUACAGAAUACAAAUAAAAUUGAGGUA